AUGCGGCCUUGCGCUACGCGCGCGGUUUUUAGCGGGAGCGCACCACCAUGCAAGCGCAUGACGGAGCGGCAGGACAUGGCAGAGGAACUGGGGCAGCUGCUGGCCUCGUUCAGAGAGCGCUUUGCAUAUGGUACGCGGGAUGAGUUGGCGGCGAUCUCGUCCAGCACGCAGCUGCAGGACUCAACCCCGCUGCUGGAGCUGGCGAAGCUGGCCAAACUGAUCAGAGCCCAGACGACCAAAGUAGGGAUCCUGUCGCAGCCAGCGCGGAGAGAGGGCAACGAAUCAACGUGUGGGAAGGAGCUGCGGGCGUUGGAGGAGUCUCUGUUUUACCUGCUGUCGCUGUUGCCGUCCUUCCAUAAGUCGGGCCACUACACGUCGUAUUUGAACAAGCAGCUGGACGAGGAGAUCCUGGCGCUGCUGCGGAGUCUGGAAAAGUUUUAUGAUGAGAUACGCGAGAAGGAAGAGAACCUAGUGAGCGUGGGAAAGAUCUGGGCGUCGUGUGAUGAGCUGCUCGCGCUUGCGGAACAGGGCAACCUGGGCCUGCUCAACGAGCGCCUUUCCGCAUCCGCCAAGCUCGUUCAGGAUACAAUUUUGGAGCUCCAUGACUGGCUCGCAGAGCCUACAUUAGAGGAGCAGGACCCCUUUGGCCUUGAGGAUUCUUUUGAAGAAACCUCCGAUGCCGAGAGCACUGCGACAAAUGCCGAGAACAAGGCUCCGUCCCCGCAGAUGAUUGAAUAUGUGCAGACGCUGGAACGCAGAGUCAAACUAGUGAAGCUGCUGCUCAAGUCCUUCCAAAAGAGUGUCAAGGUUGAAAAUCCGCACACUAAGGCAGCCGCUGAUUCGUUGGAAAAGGUAUAUAAGGUCCACCAUGCUGUUGUCGAACAAAUAGACGAACUCGUCUCUUCCGUCUUCAUGCUAGGUGCGGACUUCGACCCGCAGGAUGAGGACCUGUUAGAGGGCGUGAAGACCCUACAUUCGACUAUGGAGAGCAUGUGCAAGCUUGUCAAGAAGCUGAAUAACAAUGAUCCGAAGAAGAACGCUUGGGUGGAAAGUUGGGAAGCACAAUGGAAUAAACUCUGA